AGAUACAAAUACAAAUACAACCUAACACAAUGGUCGAAGAAAUAGAUAAAAUACUCAAGACUACCCAACAACAGAUCAAAACAGCAAGAAACAUAGAAAACCAAACAGCAAAAAACCAACACAUAAAGAACUACUCUGUCAUAUUACAUAAUAUCUGCACACCAGACAACAUAAUCACAGAACCUCAGGAGAUCAAAACAGCAAUACAGGAAUAUUUCAAAAACUGGAUGAAGCUAAAUCCUACCCAAACAGAAUUAUGGCAAGAAUGA